AUGGAAACUUGCUGGCUUGUUAUGAUGCAUCAAGAACAGCAUGGACUGUUCGCUUUGGCUGUUAUCAGAAUACGCAUUUUCUCACCACCAAGCUUUGUACAGAAACCAAAAUCAUUAAUGCCAGUUCAUGGCCAGCUGCAAGCCCAAACCAGAAAUCAGCAUUUGACAACCAUGAAGCUAAGUCGAAGAAUUAAGAGCCUACAGGCCUUGAUCAAGGAGGUCGCUUCCUCCGAGAAGGUCAGCCGGCCUUCUGGUAAAGCUUCUUCUCGAGCUUCCAAGCCGAGCUCUUACAGCACUAAAUCAGCUCAGCCAUCUAGCCGUGGUGGGUUGAGCUCAAAGUCUACUGAACAAGUGGGACAGGGUGCUGCCCAUUCUACUGAGGAGGUGUCAAGGGGAAAGUUUAAGUCCUCUGCUGAAGACAAGGAGACCUCUGGGACGGGGAUGGAGAUCAUCCUCCUAGGGGGUCAAAGUCCAGAGGUUUCUGGUGAAAGUGCCCCUGCCCCUGUGAGGACUGAACCUGAGGGUUCUGAGGGCAUUCCAGCAAAGACCGGAGGCAAGCGCCCAGCCUCUUCUGGAAAAUCUGCCUCUUCUCCUGUGACGGGCCUCUUUAUGGAGGUGGAUAUCCGUGAUCGCUCCCUCCGGGAGUCCGUAGAUCGUCGAAUUGAAGAGGCACGUCUGGAGGAGAAUAUAUCUGCCACCAGUGAUGCGAGGGGCAAUUUGGUAGCUGCUCGGGAGCAGAUCCAGUCCCUCCAGGUGGAAUUGCAUUCUGCGUUGGAGGCCCUCAAAAAGGCUGAAGAGAAAACAGCCGAGACGGCAAAGCAUACCUCGUCCUUAGAAGAUGAGUUGUCUCGGACUCGUAAUGUUCUCCAGGAGGCUGAUGAGAGAGCAGCUACCUUGGAGGUUCGCUGUAGAGGAGUGCUAGAGCAGCUGUCCUCUAUGACAGAGGCUCUCAAGGAGAGAGAUGAGGCCGUUAGCCAGAAAGCUGAAGUCCAGCGCCAGUUUGAUGCCUUAAAGGCUGAUCUCGAAGGACUUCAGACUCAUCUGGAGGAAGUAAAGGCUCAAAGAGAGAUGGCCUUAGCUCGGGUGCAGGUCCUUGAGCAAGAGUUGAGCACAAGCUCUGACCGUAUCAGAGACUUGACUUCCUCGGCUGAAGAGUCAGAAAUUGCCCCUACUAUUGAGAGCUCUGGUCCAAAGGAUUCCGAGCUUCCUUCAGUGGUGGCUGUAAAUAGAAAUAGUGAGGGUGUUCUUAUUGAUGCUUCAUAUGUUUAUUCAGAAGCUCUAAAUUAA